ACCGCCGUGUGUUAGCGAGACUCUUUUAGUCAGUCCGGCGGUAGUGUGAGAGACUUAAAGACUCUCAGUGUUUCCGGUGACACCUGUGAGCGAGUUGUCAAUCUGUGUCAUAACCCACGACCGGUGACACAAGACAGGAAAUGUCCCAAGGACGCAAGUGUGAGUGUGGAGGUGUUGGGUGAUGACCCGCUAAGUCAGUCGGGGGUGGACCACAGUACAAGCAACACUAGCAUCAUCUGAGCUCUCUCUCUCUCUCUCCCUCUGACCCCACGUGCUCUACACUAUGCUCACUUCAGAAAACAGUAAUUAAUAAUAUGGUGGACUUUUCUUGAACUGUGUAAUAAACAAUACUACAUCAACGCGUAGAAAAGGUACUUGUUUAUCCUCGAAGGGACCCGAGUGUGUGUGUGUAGUACAAGUUAAGAAACUUUAUUAAAAAUGGAAUUCCGACAGUCCUUACUGCUGUGUGUGGCGUACGCGCUGUUCCUCAUCCUAGGUGCUGUCAUGUUCAUGUUUCUGGAAUAUGAAGUGAUAGAGACAAGAGAUGUGAUCGAACCCCGAGAGUGGAGUAACCUCAAAGAUAUGGUGAUGCAGGACCCGCCCGCCAAACAAGACGAGCUGGUCACCCUUGCUCUGUGGGUACCUAAGGCCUGCCGAGCUGUGUCCAAUUAUACCGUUCAGUCCCUCCUCAGUCCAGAUAGGAGGGUGGCGGCGACCCUGGAAGUGGAGCGAGUGUGUCCCCACCUCCACCAGGAGAACGUGACGGUAGAGGUGAAGUAUCCCUGGUCCUUCAUCGACGCCCUCUACUUCUCCAUGACCGUCUCUACUACUAUAGGCUACGGACACAUCUCGCCCUCGUUGGCAGCUGGACGCAUCAUGUGUAUGGUGUACUCUCUGGUAGGCAUCCCCCUCACAGGUAUGCUGCUAGCUUGGACCUCUGAGUUCUUCGGCGAACAACUCUUCAAGCUCUUCAGGUCCAAGCUAGACGUACAAAAGCAACAUUCUCGGGGGAUCAUCGCAAUGGCCACCGGUUUUUACAUCAUUAUUGGGUUCGUGGUGUUCAUCUUCUUGCCUGGCGCUGUCUUCACCACCCUAGAGGACUGGACCUAUCUGGAGAGUGUCUACUACGCCUUCAUCACCCUCACCACCAUCGGCUUUGGGGAUUUCGUUACUGGUUCACAGUCAGAAGGGGCGACGAUCUACGUGUACCAGAUCUGCGUCAUCUUGUGGAUCAUGAUCGGACUAGGCUACUGGGUCAUGGUGGCGAACUUUAUCACCAAAGCCCUCAAGUCCAAGCGGCUCCAGAGUUCAAUGAUACGCAGCGCUGAGGAGAUGAAGAAGCUUAUGCAACAGAUGGGCAUCAAACAGAAUGACCCCACCUUCCUCAGACAACACUCAAAGGCUACUGUCAACCUUAUGCUUCAGCUAAGCAGCAUCAUCGCGGUUCAAGGCGGGACGACGGAGAACGGUAGUAGUGACACCCCUUCGUCGCCCGGAUCAUCGUCCACAGAGCCAUCCACCUCCCCGUUAGUCUCUCCCAUGGGUAUCCCCGGCAUCUCGGCGCUGUUCGGGGCGGGAAUGGUACGAAAGCCCCCUCUCAGUCACUUGAUGGGACCAAUGCGUAAAGAGGACAACGAUGACUGUAAAUGUACUGAGGAGGUUACCGCAGUGACAGUAAGGUACAAGUCAUAGUCAAAUAACUGGAAAAAGACCCUUUCUUAAAAGCUAUUUCACUGAAGUAAACAACAAAUAAUCCAUGAAAUAUCUAAACACCUUUUUUAUAGAUGAUUAAAUCCUACUAGAGUGUGUUUGUGUGUGAGUGAGUGUGGAUAUGUAAACACUGAGUAACGCGAAUGAGGGUUAUAAAUGCGCAUUCACAGCAUGGUUCUUGUCAAUAUUGAUUCGUAAGUCUGCAAUCUAGGCACGUCUAGGUGCAUGUCAAGGCUGAAUAUAUGAUACUAAUUGCUUUAAAUCAGAGUCAAUGAACGUUAUCCUCAGUGUAUUUCAAUGAGCGCAUGAUGUUAAGUGGAAUAAUUUUAUAUGCCUGCGUGAGUAUGUGAAGACGAACGAGAGAAAAGGAUCUGCGUAUCGAAGUAACCACAGUCGCGUUGUUUCAAGAGGUCAGUCGUAUUAGGGGUGUCAAAGGUCGGCACGGUGUUGUUUUUGUAAUCUCUGUUUAUCUAUGUUAAAAAAAAGUUGUGUGUCUAUGGUGCAAAAGUUCAGGUGUGGUGGUGGAAAAGGUUAAAGUUCAGGGGGUUGAAAUUAUGUUGUGUCACUUAUACUAUCAGGCUCCUUAUAUACAUACAUACACACAUACAUACAUACAUACAAAUACAGUAUGGUGCUGUUAACUUUGAAACCUUGAUAUGACCCCUAAUACACCAAGUCUGCUUUAAGCUUAUUACUGGUAAAGCUUCAGAUUUAAGCAUAUUACUGGUGAAGCUUCAGACGUACUGACUUAGUUCUUACAGUGCUGAGAGAAUUUGUAUUUGUGUGUCUUUGUGUUAGUGUGCACUGGUUUUAAGGUGUGUGUGUGUGUGUGUGUGUGUGUGUGUGUGUGUGUGUGUGUGUGUGUGUGUGUGUGUGUGUGUGUGUGUGUGUGUGUGUGUGUGUGGCUUUUUUGUGUACACGGGUUAAAAUGCACGCGCAAAGGAGUGUGUGUGCGUGUGUGUGUGUACAGGUCUUCGUACAUACAGGACUUGACAAGAGAGGAAAUUCGUUUGAGGUAAAAGUGUGGUAUAGACUCUGCUAAUGUGAAAACUUUGAAUAAAUUAACAAACAGCUGAUUAACGGUAAAGCACAAUUCUAUAUAUAAUUCUACGCGACGUCUUCACAACGCUUACGCUUCACAGAUACUCCAUCUCUUUUUAUAAACAUCAAAAUAUAUUGGUUGACAUUAAUAUUUUUUGCCAUUUUCCGCUACAUACCUGGCAACUAAGACUUAAGAGGCGCACCCACACGAACCAAACUCAACCUUGAUGCCUUUCUCACACACACACACACACAUGAAUUGGAAUUCCUCCGUUGCAUAUUCAAUAACAGUUUCAGAAUUAAUGUACUGUACUGCUGUAUUACGCAAAUACCACAACUAAAAUCUCGCCAACUCGCCACAUCAAUCACACCCAGGUGGAGUACAGAUGCCAGACCUUGUAUACUGAUUUUUCUCAUUUUCCUUUUCGUUCUGGUUGGCUCCUUUAUGUUUCAAAUGUGUGUCGUGUGUCAUAUAUCAGCUCUCGAGUUCUAUAAAGUAAGACCGAUUGUGUUGAAACUUAAAGGAACAAUGGGAGUGAAAUGUUAUCAUGGGUCCUAAUCCGAUUCACUUUUUUAUUUCUCCGUUAUCUAAUCUGAGAACAGCCGCUGCUUUUUGUGUUGUGGGUGGCUCUCUACCUCAUCUUCCAAAUUAACAUCACUUGCCAAGACUCAAAACCGAAAAAAAAAUCGUCAAUGUUUUGCUCAAAGCCAACACAAAGGUCGUUUAAAUUUAGUCUUAUCUCCCUAAAAAAAAUACAAAUUAACUUAAACUCAAUAAAAGGUUAGCAAUUACCUACACUGGUCAAUCAACAAUUAAAAAUUAUGCCACAUUAAACCAACUGAGAUGCAGUCAUAGUACAGUGGGGGGCCGUGUUUCAACCUGCACUAAAGUAGUCUAGAUGAAAUAUUUGUAUUAUAACACUGAGCUUUACACGGAAUCGGGAUCGGUAAAAUACUAUAAAAGCGAUAUCAUACAAGUAAUUUUCAUAAACAAAAGAAGUAAUUUGUUUUUCAAUUUCUUUACCUUGUAUAUAUUUAUUUCCAGAGUUGUAAUCUAAGAUACCAACAAAAAACAAAGCACUAGCAACGUACAUAUUUUAAUGUUCAAAAAUUAAAAACCAAAGUAUUUAUUUUAUAUUGAAAAUCAUCAGUACAGGUAAGAUAAAUAUUAGUCCAUUCAAAACGCGUUUAACCAUUCAGUAGGCUACACUUCUUAUCCACUACAGGCUAAACCAUCUAUCAUUUCGAAAAGUCAAUAUUUUAUAGUCUCCAUCCCAUAUCCUCCACUGGGGAUAUUUCACCGUUACAGUGGUACGGUAUACGUUACUAGGUAAUAACUACGCGAUAAGAAUAUAAAUACU